AUGCAGCCGUCGUUGCGGGUGACGCCUCCCCAGAGUUUUAGGAGCAGCCCUCCUCCGACUCCCCCGCCGACUGUCAAGAAGGCAUCAGACGCGACUGCCCGCAUCAUCGCAAAGAUCAAGGCGCGGCGGAGCGGCCUUAGCAGUUCGAAUGAACCUUGGGUCUCCUAUCCAUUGAGUGAAGACCAGUACACAGAGCUCACACAGCAAGUCCAGAGUGACGCGUCCCUCAGGGGUUAUGUGAACCAGGAUCUUCGACACGAUUUUAUCCCCUCCGUGGGGCGACUCGUGUUUCGAAUGCCUACGUAUUUGCAUGAAUGGGUUAUAUCUAGUGUGGUCGAGGAGGUGUCGCGUCAACUACGGGUGAUUGGUGCCGGAGACAGCGCAGCGGCUGCGUUUGCACGGGCUGUGGUGGCCCGUGGCUCCCCUACGCUCGACUUUACUGAAACUGGGUUUGGAAGGCAUGAUCCUGAUGCACAGUUCCGACACCUAGACGCACAGUAUCCUGGGGUAGUGAUGGAAGUUUCCUAUUCGCAGAAGCAGAAGUACACCCCAUACAUUGCCGAAGACUGCAUCCUUGGAUCUGAUGGCGAUAUUCGACGCGUUGUCGUCAUGGAUAUCGGGUACCCGAAUAGCAAGAAAGCGACAAUGUCAUCUUGGAAACCUAGUGUUGUAUUAAAUGAAGCUGGGGAACUGGAGUUGAUCGCAGAGCAGACAAUCGUAGAUAUGAUAUUCCGCGAUGAGGAGGGCAAUCCGAAUCCCAACGAAGAAGCAGGGCUCACCCUCCAGCUCCGAGAUUUCGCAACGGAGACUUUGUCAGGACCUGAUCUUACCGAAUCCAUCCGCAUACCAGCCAGUAAACUUUAUUCUUAUCUCACAGAGGCGGAGAAGAAUAUGGCUAAGCUGAAACAGAAGCAAGGUGCUGUCAGGGAGACGAGGCCGUGGGUCAGGAAGAGGCGACGACUGGAAACGCCCCCAGAGGAAUUGGACGAUAACCGCGAAGCCAAAUUUCGGAAGAUCGAAGAGAAGGCAAUCUCACAGGCAGAGAAAGAUGAUUCGUCGUACAAGACAACGCCAGACGAGGAGUGGAGCUUAGAGUAA